AUGCUUUUACUUUAUGCGACCGAACCGACGGGGAACUCCCUGCGAGACGGAAGCGGCACUAACGGAAAGCUUUGUCGUUCGACGGUGGAGGGUCAGCGAUACCGACGCUUGCGCGUCGGCGUCACGACGGCAAUCGACAACAACGACGACGAACACCACGACGUCGACGUCCAAGUAGAUGGAAGAACACAGGAAGCAAAAUUUCGUAUAAGUGCGGGGGGUGUUGGUAGAAAUAUAUGCGAAGCUCUUGAGAAACUAGGAACAAUUCCCACAUUCAUAUCUGCUGUUGGCGAUGAUGAUCGCGGAGACUUCCUUCUUUCUUCCAUUGGCAAAAAGUCACGGUUGUAUGUGCCUAAAUUGAAAAACCAAAGGACCUCGCAGUUUAUUGUAGUUCUAGACAAUAAUGGAGAAUGUAAACUUCUUCUCGGAGAUGGGGACAUACAUAAAUUAAUAACUCCAAAAAUGGUACUGGACGCUGAAAAAAUAAUAAAGGAAUCUCCAUUGAUCGUUUUUGAUGGAAAUUUAUCAAGAGAAACAGUUUCCACCCUCUUACAUUUAGCUGAGAAGCACAAUAUCCCUGUACUUUUUGAACCAACCGAUGUACCCACUGCUAUAGUACCUUUUCAGACACCAUUUUGGAGAAAUAUUGAUAUUAUUACACCAAAUUUGAAUGAACUUAAAGAAAUUGCGAAAUGUUUAGGACUUAUAAAGCACUAUUCAUCAUGCAAAAUCAAUGAAAUUAAUGCAUGUGCCAAUUUAGCGCUAGCAGUGGCAAAUAAAAUUAAUACAGUAAUUCUAACACUCAGUAACAACGGUUUAAUUAUUGCUAGAAAGGAGGAUUCUACCGAGCCAUUGCUUAAUUUGUCCUCAAAUAAAACAAAAUUACCUCGUGCAAGACAUUACCCUGCAUUGUCUGUGCAGGAUUUAGUAAAUGUAAGUGGAGCGGGUGAUUGUUUAGCUAGUGGUAUCAUUAUUGGCAUAAUAAAAGGAUAUUCCGAAGUGGAUUGUAUAGCAAAUGGGCUUUACGCUGCUGUCGAUUCACUUAGGUCAGAAAGCGCUAUUCCCAACAAUUUUUCUAAGAUUUUGGACCAAAAACAUCCGAUAAAGUAUACUUCUAUUAAUUAAAAAACUUUACAUUUAAAGUAACUUUAUAAUUUUUAUAGAUUUGUAUGAUUUGUUUUAAUUUCAUAUUUAAUAUAUUUUAUAGCUGAGAUGUUCAAAUGUUUUAAUUUCAUCUCUGUCUUAAAUUUCCCACUACAAGCCUAAUUAGAACGCAUCAAAUAAUUAUUACUUAUCUAUUUAUUCUACUUUCAAUAUUUAUACCGAUAUUUCAAAAUUU